UCCACAAUCCACCUAGCAGGCCACCUGAUGAAAGUCCCCCAUCUCUCACACGUGUGCCACGCCGUUGGGGGCAGCACGUGCAGAUGCACCACAUCAAAUAUAGCAUUCCUUCCUCCCAAAGAAACAAACCCAAAAGAAACCGUUUCUUGCGGCACUCAUUCAAGACACCGUCUCCAACCACUUUUGUUCAACCCCUACCCCUCCCAAAAAAAUUAAAAAUAAAUAAAAUCCCAUUUCAUAUCUCCAUCUUACAUCUGAUAUCAGCCCAUCCAAUCCUACAAACAUAUAUAAAACGCACACAUGAAUCCACCACCAACGACCCUUCUUUCCAACAAAUGGGAUAUGGGUCCCAUCCACAAUUCCAAUACACAGAGAAUCUCUGAUGGAAAGAUUGAUGGGUUGAUGAAAGGUUGUCAAGAGAAAGAUAUGGUAAUGAGUUUCAUGGUCUCCCAAAGGUCCUACGUUGAUCUCUUACAAAACUGCGAUCUCCCGCCGCCGGCGAAGGUCUUCCCGGGAGAAUCGGAAAUUGCUGUAAGAUUGGCUCCGUCAAUGCAACAACCAUCACCAUCCAUCGAGAUGGAAGAUGAAUUUGCUCAGGGUCUUAGCAAUGACAAGCUGGGUCUGCUGAGAGCUUUACAGCUCUCGCAAACACGGGCAAGGGAAGCCGAGAAGAAGGCUGCAGAUAUAAGCGCGGAGAAAGAUCGUUUGACGGCACUCUUCUUGGAAGAGUCAUCCCGGUUAUUUGCUCAUCGGCAAUGGCUGAAACUGCUGGAGAUUGAAGUUAAGAAGCUGCAUCCUCAGCUUACAGCUUCUCACGGUAUAUGCAGAGAGAGAUGGUCUGCGGUGAAGAAAGAUGAUGGUGAAGAAGCAGGUACUACCUGGUGUAUAGCAUUGGCCCUGUGCUUGGGCAUUGCCAGUGUGGGGUUUGCAUUGAGUUACAGAUACUUGUUUUGACUUCUUCGGAGACGAGUGGCGAGAUGGGCUUUAAAACCAUAGGAAUUUAUGUAAUAUUCAAGCAUUUUACUGUAAAUGAAUACUUUCUGGUAAAAACAGCCUACUUAUAUGAUGUA